CGUUAGAUCUGGGUUUCAGGAAAAAAACUUCCUGGUACACGUAGGUGCUUUUGGAAACAAAACAAACAAAAGCCAUUGGAGAGGAGGAGUUAAGGCAGAUGUUUAUUUAGAACUGCUGAAAUACAGACUUGCACAGGAUUAAAAAGAAAACAUUGGGGGUUUUUUUAACUUAUGUCAGAAGUAUCUCAAACUACUCUGAAAUAUUAGAUCUAAUAUUGCAGAACUAAUCAAAGAGAUACUGAUGGACAUUUGUGUAACAGGAAUUUCAUAAUACACAAUGUAAAUUAUUACAGCAUCACCCUUCCACUUUUUAUCUUACCUGGGAAACAAUGCCCCUUUGUGCAAAUGCUACCUUGCUUUCUGACAUGUGGAUGCUUUCACAUUAUAGUCUUCAGAAAAACUCAUACAGCAACAGCUCAGGCAUUGAUCCUUCCAGAAUUAUUUAUAAUCAUUAACUUCUAUAUAACUGACUUUAACCACAGAUCUGAAAGCAUUUCAAGGAAGGGACAAAUACUACGAAUACUGGGUUUUCACAAGUAAAAUAAGAGUGUACUAAUGGGUGAGCUUUAAAGAAUUUUUGGCAAAAACUACUGCAUAUUAGAAUAAUGGCACAGAGCCUAAUAAAGGAAGUUAUUAAAGGUUUACACCUAUUCGCCACAAAAAUAGGCCUAGUUUGAUGGGCAGUGAAUUGGCAACCCCUUUUCUGCCACUGCUCUUCGGCCGCAGUUCCUUUAUUCCCCUCCGGUGGUUUCCAGGACAACCAAGACGCCGGGAGCAGAGCGCGGCCCAGGCAGCCCGAGGCCGGUGCGCUGCCGGGGCCGGGCCGGGCCGUCCCCGCCCGCCGCUCUCGCGAGAGCCGCGGCAACCGGGCGGGCUCUGCCGCCGGGGCGGCGCGGCCAUGGAGUCGGGCCUGGAGGAGCUGAUGCCGCGGCUGCUGCCCGUGGGCGACUGCGACCUGGCCGAGGACUUCGAUCCCACCGUGCCUCCCAGGACGCCCCAGGAGUAUCUGAAGCGCGUCCAGAUUGAAGCAGCUCAAUGUCCUGAUGUUGUUGUGGCACAAAUAGAUCCCAGAAAAUUGAAGAAGAAGCCGACAGUAAACAUUUCAAUUUCUGGAUGCCAGCCUGCUCCUGAAGGAUACUCUCCAACGCUCAAGUGGCAGCAGCAGCAAGUGGCCAAUUUCUCAGCUGUUCGUCAGAGCCUGAACAAGCGCAGGAAUCACUGGCGGUCACAACAUUUGGACAGCAAUGUUACUAUGCCAAAAUCAGAGGAUGAAGAAGGCUGGAAGAAGUUCUGCCUCGGGGAAAGAGUAUACUCAGAAAUAGAUGUACUAUCUGAUAAUGAAAAUUUAGGAAUUGAUUACUUGAAGGUGGGGUUUCCCCCUUUGCUAAGUAUUGUAAGCAGGAUGAAUCAGGCAACAGUAACCAGUGUCUUAGAAUACCUGAUAAGCUGGUUUGGAGAGAAAAAAUUUACUCCAGAACUGGGUAGAUGGCUUUAUGCACUGUUGGCAUGCCUUGAAAAACCUUUGCUACCUGAAGCUCACUCCCUUAUUCGACAGCUCGCAAGACGAUGUUCAGAAGUCAGGGCACUGGAGGAGAGCAAGAAUGAAGAACAAAUAUCAGCUCUGAACUUGAUAAUCUGCUUAGUUAGUAGGUACUUCGAUCAACGUGACCUGGCUGAUGAGCCUUCCUAGGCUGUAUUGAGAAUAUCCGGUAUUUUGCAUUGCCACAGUACAUUUAUAUGACAGCAUUAUCAGAGUUAACAGCAAGAGACUGCACUGUUGAGACCUGAAGUAUUACACAAUCCCUUCAGAACACCCUCACACUAAAGCAUUUGGGACAGCUGUGAAUAACAUCAGCUGAGUUUUAGCUGAGAUUCAGUGUCUCCAAUACAAUCAUCACCAUCAUUGUAAAGUGGUAACUGAAGCGUCCAGCAUCAUCUCUCAAGCUCCUCUCUUUGUAAACUACAUUCUUGGUUAGAAAUUUCUACCAUCUGAGUAAUCUAUGGACACUGCUAUUAGGUGAAGUCUGAGGUUACAUUACAAAUUAUUAUUCUUUUUCUAACAGACUUAUUGAGGACUUUUUAAAUAAAACUAAAGGAUU